UGUCUCUGGCAGGACAUGCAGGGCCCACCCACGUGGACCACGACGUGUGCAGGACGUAUAGGCUCCCUUUUCCUCCAGUGCCCUUCUCUCCCCUUUUUCUUCUGCUUUGGUGCCCUACAACAAAUGUUAAACCCUCACGUUCACCACUCGUCCUGGCCAGUUCUUUGCACGGCGCAGCGAGAGCCUGGAAAGGACUGCGGGUCACUACAACACCAGGUAGGGCCUGAUGUGCAGAGGAAGGAGAAACCCUCCUUCCCGGUCCUCUGGAGCAGCUCAGCGAGACAAAGCAUCUCAUUGCCUGGUCCGAAAAUCGUGAGUCUCGUGAGAGACUCAACAAAGGAGAGCCAGCUGCCCCGGGACUCAGGACAGCAGGAAGCCUCAGGAUGUGGCGAAAGACCCAUGUUCGACCGCAGGACUCAGUACUCCCGGAUCAUCGGGGGGGUGGAGGCCGGGGAGGGUGAGUUCCCGUGGCAGGUGAGUAUUCAAGUCGCAAAUCAGCACAUGUGUGGUGGCGCCAUCCUCAGCUCGUGGUGGAUUCUCACAGCCGCUCACUGCUUAAAUUCCGAGGAAAUAUCCCCCAAAGAGCUGCAUGUUGUAGUGGGGACCAACGACUUAACCAACCCACACCUGGAAAUUAAGCAGGUCACCAGCAUCACCCUGCACACGGGCUACGUGAGAGCCACCAUGGACAACGACAUCGGCUUGCUGCUGCUCGCCUCGCCCAUCAAGUUCAAUGGCCUGAAAGUGCCUGUCUGCCUGCCCCCACAGCCCAUCCCCGUCAGCUGGCAAGAGUGCUGGGUGGCAGGAUGGGGACAGACCAGUUCCACUGAAAAAAACUCCAUGAAAAGCGAUCUGAUGAAGGUGCCCAUGGUCAUCAUGGACUGGAAGGAAUGUUCCAAGCUGUUCUCGAAACUCACCAAGAACAUGCUGUGUGCCGGGUACCAGAACGAGAACUAUGACGCCUGCCAGGGCGACAGUGGGGGGCCUCUCGUUUGUACCACCAGUGAGUCGAGCAGUAAGUGGUACCAGCUGGGCAUUAUCAGCUGGGGCAGGAGCUGUGGGCAAAAGAACGUCCCGGGAAUAUACACCCUCUUGGCCGAGUACGACAGCUGGAUCAAGAACGUGACGCAGCUGGAGGGAAGGCCCUAUAGCCUUGAGGAAAUGCGGGAUCCUCUGAAACAGCCACGACAAAACUCUGGGGCCUCAGCGAGCCCUGUGCCAGGAAGCCCCACAGCCUGGCUCCUGCCCUGCCUUCUGCCUAGUCUAUUGCUCAGAACUGUUUUCAACUGGUAAUAAAACAAGUGCAGUCCCUCACCACAGCCAGCCUAAGUGCCCGGGCAGGGCUCAAUCUUGUGAUUUUCCUGCCUCCCAGAGUGUUGGGAUUACAGGUGUGCACCCCAUACCCAGCUCCCAAAGCUAUUUUGUGUAUUUUGUUGCUCUCGUUGUUCCAGCUCUCAGUUGGCUCCUGUGCCCCUCUGACAUCCCACAUUAGGGUCUUACUAUUUCUUGUUGAGACAAGGUCUCACUAUGUAUCCCAGGCUGGCCCCCAUCUUGUGACCUUCCUGCCUCAGCCUCCUGAAUGAUGACAGCAUGUGCCACCACCAUGCCUGGCUUUCUGCCUUGUUUUGAAUACUUCCCCAUACUCUGGCAUUACAAGAUGUGAAAAGAAGCAGAUUUUUUAUUGUGAGCUGAAAAAAUUCUCAGUGUUAGUUUGGGUCUCAGGCUGCAGCUGGAUGAGUUCUUACUGACACCAAGGGGACCGGCCUCACUGCUGCGUGCCUUUCCCAGGACACUAAACUGCAGACAGGAAAAUCCACUGGAGCCCGGCAGUGGGUGACAGAACAGAUGCGUGAUCGUGCAGCGGCGGGUGUGCGGCCGCCCAGCCCUUCUGCCCUGUAUCCAGACAAUGCUGAACACUUGGGGCAGUGCUCCCAGUCCUGCGGCCACAGAGAGCAGGGGAGGGCUGGCGAGGGCCGGCGAGUUCCCAGCCUCAGGGGUCCAUGCAGUAGAGAUGUUUAGCAGCCAUUU